AUGCAAGAAAUUGUGAGUAUAAAUGAAUGGGAAAGUUGGGAGAGAAAUGGAGAGUUUAAAUGUAUGGUCAAGAUGCCGGCGUACGAUAACGAAGGAGCGACGAUAUCGAUGGAGGACGUUCGGGCGGAGCCUCCGAUCACCAUCAGCACUAUAGAGCAAGAGCUGAUGGCCAGAAGGAAGUUGCAAUUCAAAACACAGAAGAGUACCGUUGCUUCAAGGAAACAACAGGCCGUGUGCGUGAGACGGGCACACAAGCGAUACGGUACGGCCAAGAACCCUAAUGUCAUAUUGGAUGGAUUGAACAUGACUGUACCUAAAGGAGCCAUAUACGGUCUACUAGGAGCUUCAGGUUGUGGCAAAACCACACUCCUGUCAUGUAUCGUUGGCCGACGAAGGCUGAACUCCGGGGAGAUCUGGGUACUUGGUGGAAAGCCUGGCAGCCCUGGAAGUGGUGUUCCUGGACCCAGAAUAGGAUAUAUGCCACAGGAAAUCGCCCUGUUUGGAGAGUUUUCCAUCAGAGAAACGCUGAUUUAUUUUGGCUGGAUCGCGAAUAUGCCUACCAAAGACGUUGAGGACCGUAUUGACUUUUUAAUAACUUUGCUGCAACUGCCAAACCCAACCAGACAAGUCAAGAAUCUCUCAGGUGGACAACAAAGAAGAACGUCUUUGGCAGCGGCUUUGAUCCAUGAUCCAGAACUCUUGAUCCUGGAUGAGCCAACUGUUGGUGUUGAUCCUGUUUUACGACAAAGUAUUUGGGAUCAUUUGGUCGACAUAACUAAAGGUGGAAAAACUACUGUUAUCAUUACAACUCAUUAUAUUGAUGAGACCAAACAGGCUGAUAUUAUCGGCCUAAUGCGUGGUGGUCGGUUCUUAGCUGAAGAAUCACCUACCGAACUAAUUCGUCGCUACCAAGGAGAAAGUCUUGAAGACGUGUUCCUGAAGCUAUCCGUACUGCAGAAUUUAGGCAAAAGGAGGAGGUCUAGUAUUCUUGCUGAUGUGGUUGAGAGAGUUGAACUGCCAGCUAUUCCAAACCCAAGUGCCAUAGACUUGGAAGAAGCGGAAAUUGGUGAAAUUUCAGGAGAAUUCGGCGACAAUGUAUCUAUGAGUAGCAAAGGUCGGGUUGUUGUGACACCAGAGUUGAUCGCACCGAUAGAAGCUAUGCCACCUGAGGAGAAACCGAAGAUAAGCAUGGAAACCUACAUGCCAAUGAAGUGGCAUCACAUGAAGGCGUUAAUAUGGAAAAAUUUCUUGAGUCUCUUCAGGAAUUUUGGCGCCUUAGCUUUUCUCCUCGGUCUGCCUGUUUCGCAAAUGAUAUUCUUCUGUCUUGCCAUCGGUCACUACCCUGAAGGUUUACCAAUUGCCGUGGUAAACUAUGAAGUCAAUUCAACAGAACCCCUCUGCAGUUACGACAAGGAUUACUGUCCUCAGGACCCGAACACGUACGAAUGGAACUUGACAAGAUUUAGUUGUCGGUAUUUAGACUUCUUAUCAAAGCGGCAAAAUAAUUUGAUACAUUAUGACGACAAAGCAGUAGCAAUGGAAGAAGCAGCCAAAGGCAUGUCUCGUACCGUCUUGGUGUUUGCAGCAAACUUUUCAGAGUCAUUGCAGAAAAGGAUCACAGACCCAAGGCAUAGCAACAUAUGGACUGUCAGAACUUCUGACAUUGAAGCCCAUAUGGAUGAAACUGAUAAGCAAGUGGAAUGGAUGUUGAGCAGAGAUCUACAGCUCGCGUUCAUGGAAGCAGCAGAACAUCUAGCUACCAUCUGCGAACUACCCACCAGAAUCAUGUCUAUACCUGUACACUUCAACAAACCUAUUUACGGCCUAGAUGUACCGAACUUUACUGAUUUUGCUGGACCCGGCGUAAUUUUAACCAUCGUCUUCUUCUUGGCAGUCGCUCUGACGUCAGGUUCUAUGUUGGCUGAACGAAACGAGGGAAUUCUAGAACGAUCACUGGUUUCUGGAAUUACUGGUACUGAGAUCCUGUUCUCACACGUAAUAGUCCAGAUGCUGAUUAUGAUUUUACAGUCAGUCAUGGUACUUAUUCUUGGCUUCUUGGUCUUUGGUCUCACCAUGAAAGGACCCGUAGGAUGGGUUACCUUUCUGACUGUCAUCACAGGCCUGUGUGGAAUGACUUUCGGUUUCGUCGUAUCGUGCCUUUGUGACACUGAUAGAACGGCUACGUAUUUGGCUUUAGGGUCAUUCUUACCGAUGGUGCUGUUGUGUGGAAUCAUUUGGCCAAUUGAAGGUAUGCACAUGGUCUUGCAGUGGGUCAGCUAUGUCUUACCUCUUACCCUUUCCACGGAAUCUUUGCGUUCUAUGUUGCAGAGAGGUUGGGAUAUCGCAAGACCGUCAGUGUAUUCUGGAUUCAUCUCAACAACUGUUUGGAUUGCUAUUUACUUAACCACAAGUAUUCUUCUACUCAAAUUCAAAAAGGGUUGA